AUGUCAGAGUCUUCAGAAAUACAGGAGUUACAGGAGAAAGACGUUAUCAUCGACCGCGUUAGAAAGCUUUUCGGCGAUGAGGGUAAGCUCAUAAAGAAACUCCCAGAAAGUUUAAGUAGUUUAAGCGGAAGAUAAUAAGUGAUUUUAACUGUUUUAGACCAAAGGGGUGUUGUUCUUUUUGCGCGGUAAGUUCUGUAUUUUUACUGCACAUGGGGUUGGAAAUAUUUUGCCGAAUUUUAGAAAGCCUAUGAAAACGGCUGGUGCUUAAUGGGUUAAUUAAUUAAUAAAGAGCCACAAAGAGCCACUCGGUUUUCGGCAGCCAUGUAUUUGGCGUUCUUCUAUUCAAAAUACCCCCUUCCAGAUGUAGUUUGCAUCCCAUUCAAUUCAGUGUUGCAUUUUGUUCCCGAACAAGCAUGGAAACCUGUCUUUGUUUGCAUAAUUCUAUCAUGGAAGUCACUCUCUUUGUGUUGUAAGAUUUAAAAAACAUAUUGAAAAAAUAGUAAUAAAAAAUCCCAGUCCUAAGCUGCCAAAUUGUACAUGAAUGACAAAAUUUUCUAUGCUCUGCUUUAUCCCCUCACCCAACUGACUUCACAUUGAGACAUGCAUUAUUUGAAUAUGAGUUAUGGUUGCAAAGUUUUCCUUGUGUGUUUCACGCCUAGAUGAGGAAAUAACACACUUCUCAGCAAUUGCGGAUCUUCUUAAAAGAGAAGCGGAUGCCAGCAUUUUCAGAAACCUUGGACUAAAAUAUGGAUCAGCUGUACGAUUUAAGACAGAGUUCUCAAACACAGUUCCAGUUCGUCAACUCAGUUCCAGUCCACGACUUAAACCAACAAUGGGUGAAAUGUCUGGUUUUAACCCAGAAAUGAAAAGGCUGUAUCUGUCAAAGUAUGUUGAUCUUUUAUCAAUACUCUAUGGUAGCUAACACUUAACACUUCAUAGAAUCACCAUUUCUUACUAAAUGUAAUUUGUCGCAAAUAGACCAACCUGGUUUAAUAUAAUGGAGCCGGCCUGUAUUGGUUAUAGGGUGGUGUUUAUUUUCAUUUGCAGUGUAACUCUGUUUGGACUUAGAGCCAAGACCAGUAAUGAAUAAAGGGAAACCCUCUUCUGGCAUAUAAGAACUAAUAAUAUUCUUCCUAGAUACAAAGAUUUUUAAUUGGAGGAGCAGAGGUGUAAUAGAUGGUCAGAUAUUGAAAAACUGAGCUUUCUAUGGUUAAUAUGUGAUCAGUAACUUUAAAACGUUUGUCACACAGACGUAAAAAAGUUGGCUUGCUAGCAACUCAAAAAUGGGGAGCAGGAAAUUUUCCAAAGUUUAACACUCCCGAAAUGAAGACUCAGUUGAAGACAUUUGCAUCAGAUAUUGAAGGAGAAUGCUCAAUUCCAGAAAUUGGAUUCACUUACGAUGCAAUAUGUCAACAUAUACAAGACUACUUCAACGAACAAUGCCGUUACAAGAAACGUAAUGGCCAGCAGGUGUGGUAAUCACAUUUCUUUUAUUUAUAUAAUGAAUCUUUAAAGAAAAAGAGUGAAAUUUAGAAUUCACUGCAACUUUCUUAGCCAUAGUUGCAGAAAAUUACCACUCCCACAAAAAACUGCUUUCAGAUGCAAACCUUACAUGCACAUCAAUCAUCUGCUGUUUAUUGGUUCCUUUUUAGCACUUCUUUGCUUUUUGCAAAACUGACCAUGUAUACAUUUACACCUGAUCAUUUGAGAAAUGUUUGAGUUGCCCUUCCUUGUUGUUGGUCACACAUUUUGUACAGUGGCAGUUGUGAGGUGUAUAUUUGCCUCUGGGGAAUUAACUGAUCAUCAUCUCUGAUUGGAAUUUAAAGGAUGGACAAGUUUCUGAUGCUGAAAGUUCAAAGUCUGAAGCUGAAAGUGCAAAGUCUGAAGCUGAAAGUGCAAAGUGUGCAGAAAAAUGUUCAAAGGUUAUAUAUUUUUCCAUUUUCUUUCAUUUUUAUUUACUCCAUUUAAGGCAACUUGUUCUCAAGCCAGGUUCACUUAGGUUAUGGAAAACUAUGGAACUUGAAAUUUGCUGUCUAGCACUCCAAGAGUUAUGGACUUUCAGUGUUAUGGGAAAAUAAUAUUGUCUUAGCUGAUGGUUGGAAAAUCAAGAAAUUUGAGAAGAUUUGUGUGAAGCAUGAAAACAUCGAAUCAUCGAGUGGGUCUGCAACAUAUACCAAUUUUGAGGUUGUGGGAUUCUUUAUUAAAAGUGAUGAAAAUUGAGCCUACAGUGUACAACUGAGUCCAGAUCAACAUCAAGUAACAUCAAGGUCCAAUAGAGCAUACAUUUACUCAGCUGUAACAGCUUUUUAAAAAAGGUAGCAGACUCUACUGAGAACUCUGAUGUCCCUUCUUCUGUAUCACUUGUUCAAGUUUUAAAAGUGGCUUAUCUAAAACAGUUGCCAUGAUCACCAAAACCGUACACUGAUGUCACUGCUUGACAGUAACUGCAUGUUGUUAACAUGAUUGAGUACACCAACAACUUGUUUUCAUUUGUCUUGCGUAGGAUAAUGCUGCCCAAAAUUUAUCAGACAGUGGGGAAUCAUUAUCAACUCUCUCUCCUUAUGACAGUAGUGACAGUGAAUCUCCGAGGACCCCUACUGUCACCAGCAGUCCAUCAGAAAUUAAAGCUCCUUCCACAUUAACCUCAUCACAAGUAGUAAUUAAAGCAGUUUUUGGAAAACUCUUGACAAGGGAGAAAUCUAUUGACAUUCUAAAAUCAACGUUUGAUGCUAAACAGAGUAACUUGACAAAUCUGACCCCUAGUCAAGUGAUGUCAGUUUUGGUUAAGAAACUUGUUAGGCACAACUAUGUGACUCUUAAGGAAAAUGUAAGCUCUCUAGAUGACGUUACUGUUCAUAAAGAAAUUGCCAUUUAA